AUGGAAAAAGAGCUCACGACUGCCACCAACAGCGAAACGCAGGCGUGGCGAGCAUCUUCGACGCCUUCAGACUUUUCGCAAAGUGCUAACGCCUAUGGUGACUCGCCGAGGCGGAGACAGUAUCAGAGCUGCGACUAUUGUCGCAAACGCCGCAGGGCUUGCAAUGCCAUUCGACUCGGCAUUAAUCCGUUUAAGCAAGGUCAGGAUGAUGCGAAGGAAAUAGCAUGCACCACAUGCCAUCGCGCUAACAGAAGUUGCACUUUCAACUGGCUGCUUGACGGCUCAAAAAAACUACCCCCAGGUAUCAAGAUCCAGCUUCCCGCACAGGUUCGCAAGAUACCAACGGAAAACGAGACGCUCAAGACCUCCAGACCUUCCGUUGCUAGCUCAUCAGCGAGCGUUUCGGCAGAAUCACCUACCUCGGGUGUAGAUAAAGCAGCGCGUUGUGAGAAAAAUGAAGGAUAUCCAGCAGUGCACCACAGAAGCCCCCCUAACGUAGUAACGGCCUUUUUCGUUGGGAAAGAUCCAUUUCAAUUCUCCGUGCCGGAAAACGUCGUCGGUCAGCCUGAAUCAGAAGGCGGAGAGGUUCAAUCUUUCUACCCCACCCCUUGGUCAUCAACGCCUCUAUCCGUAUAUGAUAUUCCUCCGGCUGAAGGGUUGACCCAACACCCGUGGGAGACGAGGUCUGCAGUGAUCGAGAAUCUAUCUCAUAUCGCUUCGAGAAGCGACGAAGUGGGAGGUAGUACGGCGUCAAUAGGUGCAUUCUAUGAGGAAGACCUGCUCGAAGAAUCAGAAGAUCCUAAGUGGCGGCUUCGGCAGACACAAGGCCUUCGUCACGAGAGGAGGCAGGAAGAGUCUUAUAUGGACUCUGUAAAUACUCGACAAGCCAUCGCUGAUGUAGUACCACGUCAGCGCCCAUCAUUUCUGGCCGGGCCGGAACUUAACCUCACCAGUUCUUCCAUAAAGUCCUUUUUUAUCGCCGGCCUAAAAAAAAUAUACGAGAAUAGCAUGGAGACGUCUUUAUCUUGCUGGGUGACGAGGGAGAACUCACCAUACGAAAAGCGGAUCUGGAGUUUAAGACGGCGCACAGCCUCCCGGAUCUCAACCGACUCAACACCCUCGAAUCUCUAUCAGCGCGCCUACUACCUUGAUAAUGUCCUAUCCACGCUUCGACCUAAUCCUCUUACCGCAGCAGAGAACGCCUUAGCAUCCGAGGUGCUCGGUUUGGCUGUGCUUGCCUUUGCAAGCCAGUGGCCAUCAUCGACGCGAUCAUCAUCGCAAGGAGGUGUAUCUGCUGCAGACAUUAGUGAGAAGUUCACCACCCCAAAGCUUUUGGAUUCGAACGAGCUAGAAUAUAUGAUCCGACAGAGCCUGUGGACGCAGCUCAACAAGUGCCUCACCCGUCUCUCCGACUGUGACUCCUUCCGUGUCAUUACCGCGAAGCUAAUACUGUUCUUUAUUACUAGACCACUAAAUUGGGAGGAAAAGAUUCUCAUGGAGGAAUUCAUUAAUGCUGACGCGUUGCCAAAAGAGUCUCGAGGUGAAGCAUCAGCCAAAGUUGACUCUCAGGAUGCCGCCGCUGGCACGCAGUCAUCUAAGCAUUCAACCAAACGUACUUCGAGAAAGCCUCAAACACUCUUCGACCUACUAAACCCUGAAGAUCCCAUUGAUCAUUUGUCAGUUGUUAUGCAGCAGCUCUCUACCUGGAGCACACGAAUCAAAAUCUUCUUGCAUAGAACAUCGUUAGCUGGACAAACUGCGAACAUACCUCUUCUGAACCAGCUCGAACAUGUCCGCCGAGCUGUGCUACAGGCAUGUCCACAAUUCAACCUUCUCUUUUGGUUUUCCAUCAUGCUUGACACGGCACGUUCAACAUUGCACCGCCGACCCCUUGUCUUUGUCGAUACGGAGACGGAAAAUCAUAUCAUCAAGCACGACCCGCAAGAUCUGCCCAGCACUGAAGAUCCUGCGGGCAAUCAAGAGGCUUCUUCAAGCGGCGUAGGAAGUCUCACGCGUGCAUUUCAGAGACUUGAGAUUUGGCAGCCGCUCCAACAAAUGGCCCCAUCUCCAUGCGAUGAUCCGUUUGAGUGCCCGCGUACCGACUUUGAGAAGCGUAUGGCCAGCGUUUUACAGGAAGCUACUCCAAUGACUGUCCUUAUCAUACGCAAGGUCGCACAUCUGCAAGCCGCUAUCAGUGCCAGUUCUACAGACGAUGAAAUCGAGCGCUGCAUCGCUGAGAUACUGAAUGUCUGCGGGACUUGGAAUGUUCGGUACGGUCAAUUUUUGGACAACUGCAUCGCUGAGCAUACAGCGCUUCCAUUUACCGUUAGGUCGUGGUACAUCACAACAUUCGGACACUGGUAUGUCGGAUACCUGAGAGGGAUCGAGCUGAUCGACGACCAUGAUACACGCUCAGCCUCACAUACCAUACAGCGAAGCCUACGGCUCUCCACCUGUCUCAUUCUUCGCCUGCAGAAGGAAGCAAGCUACAGGCUUGCAGAGAUUGCGCACGUUUCCUGCCAAGAUAUCGCUAAUAACGUAAUUGAUAGGACGAACCGAGAAUAUCACUCCUCAAUUCGUCCUGGCUCCAUUCUUACUGAACCGGCUCCAGACGUUAUGAUUUUUGGACUCAAGAGCGCUUGCGACAUCAUGUUGACCUGGUUGCGUAUCCUGCGCGAACCUGUUGCUCCAUUAGACGCCCGAGCAGCUUGGGUUCAGACAAACAUCGAAGCACAUGACAUGGUGAGGCACAUUCGCAGCUGCGUCGACGCCAUGAACCAACUUGGUCGAUUGUCGUCUUUUGCAGAAGUUAACGGAAAGGUAUAUGGAAAACGUCUUGACGAUCUGGUGGAGCUCGAAUCUGCAAACUUGUGCAAAUAUGACCUCUGCAAGAAACACAUCGCUCGCUGGCACUCGGAAGCUUUCGAGUCUCAUCGCAAAACAACCAUUGGAAACAAAACGGAUUGCCAAGAUCCGAAUGAUCUAAACAAGAUUGCGCGAGGGGCAUAUCCAAGUUCUUCCCAAGAAAAAGCUGCGGAGGAAAUGAUCGCAGUGGAGACAGAGCCUCUGAGAGCGGCGACAUCAAGAUCAAGUGUGGUAGAGUCUUUGACGAGUGCAUUUGCAACUGUCGCAUCCCAAGCUGCAGAUGAGUCAAUACCAAUCCAAACAAGGUUGCAAGACCUCGAAAACGUUGGCAAUAAUAGCACUGCUUCCACUCAUACUUUCGAAGCUGCUGUUAGUCCGAGUCAAUCGCGUAUUGAGCAACAAGUUGAACGUGAUCAAAACAAUUAUGCUACUCAGCACUGGGGUAUCUUCGACUUUGCUCUUAGCGCCCCUUCCGUGCCGGUCAACGUUUUGGAUUUCGACAUGCAGCCGAUAAGAUAUCAGCCACCUCUAUGCAACAGCAGUGCCAGUUACGAGGACGGACCGCAAAUGUCACUAGUCAAAAUUACCUCCCAGGCUUUUCGAGAAUCACCAUGGAUAUGGCAGCCCACUCAUAACGACCGUGGUGGCAUAGACAGAAUAAAUUUUCCUUCACCAACGUACCACGCACUUCUCCGCUUUCGCCUUGCCGAGAAAAUCAUUCCUGAACCCACAAGCCGUAGUGUAUGCGAUCGGAUUUACCGUCUGGUUCUCGAUACGUGCAGUCCAUUAACCCCUUCCUCGUACAUCCAGACCGCUUUGAACUCCAAUCUAGUCAACGCGUUAAUUUCACGAUUCUUGAAAUCACACAGCAUUAGCCAACUGAGUUGGAUUCACAUACCAAGUCUCAAUUUUAUCGAUGAACCACCAGAGCUGCUUCUCGCAAUGUUGGUCGCUGGGGCAUCUAUUUCUCCCGAAUCUGGGAUACGCCGUCUUUCUAACGAACUCUAUGAGCCAUUGCGAAUAGCCACUAGCGGUCUCUUCGAACGCGAUAAUCGCAACAUUCGAGACCUUCAAUCUUUGCAAACAUUUGCUCUUUUGCUAGAUAUAGGCAUUUGGAGUGGAGAUAGGCGUCAAAUGGAGAUUUCUGAGGGCUUUUCCCAUGUACUCAAUACGAUGUUGCGGCGCGGUGGCAAUUUCCAAAGCACACAAGUCUCGGAGGCCUGGCCAGUUGUCUCUGAUGGCCACCAAACCUUGGAGCUCAAAUGGAAAAAUUGGACUAAGGCUGAGUCAUUCAGCCGUCUUGUCUUUCACAUCAUGGUGCGUGACGCAUGUGGUUCAAUGAGUUUUAUUACUCAACCACUGCUAUCUCAAGCUGAAAUAACCCUCUCAGCGCCCAUAAGCUCAGACCUCUGGACAGCCGCAGAUUCCAAAACAUGGGCUAGGCUAUACCAUGAGAAACUAGCACAGAAAGCAAGUUAUUUGCCGUCUGUACAAGAUAUCUGCAAUGAGAAUCUGCUGUUGACACAAUGGGACAAGAUAAUUGACACUCGUGCUUGCAUCUGGCUCAUAUUAUCCAAUUUAUGGGCAAGAAUCUGGAAAUACCAUGACUUACAAAAUAGCCUUGAAGCAGCACCACACACCUCGUGUUCGACCAUGUCUCUGGUCAUAGACACAUUGCGAAAUGAUCUGGAACAAUCAAUUGAAUACUUUCGGCUGGUGGGUGUUCAAUGCAUGGAAGCGUGUGACCCGGGGGCACGAAUGCUCGUAGAGUAUGAGUCCAUGGUGAUCUAUGCUCCCAUUGAAGAUAUUCAAAGGCUUGUGGGAAAGUAUGGAGAAGAUGCAGCCCUUAAAGUUCAACCCAAAAUGGAAAUCUGGGUAUCGAGUAACCGAGCACGCAAAGCAUUAUGGCAUGCAGGCCAGAUUUUUCGUGCGGCAAAAUGUGUCCCUGUCGGAGCCUUACGUGACUAUCUGGCGGUUACAGUUUAUCAUGUUGGCAUCAUUUUUUGGGCAUAUGCAAUCCUAAAGCAUAACUCAGCUCCAAUAUGCGCUCUGCAAGACGAAGAACAGGUUCACUUAGAUGGCGACGAGGGCACACUUGUGCAACGCUUCGUGGCUCUCGGACGUGGUACUCCUGUCAUCAAGCUUGAUGGUCACAUAUCUCCAUCUGGCGUGGAUGAAGCCCUUGCAAUAAACUCCCCGUGUCAAGUCAUGAAAGCAAUCAACGUGUUAAUUAUUCACGGCGCAAGUGGGGGAGUAGAAGAAGCGUGCCCUGAUCUUGUUCGGAAGUUAAGUAGGCUAAUCCAUACGUUAAGCUAUGCAGCGCAAGUAAUGCUAUGCCUGCGAGGCUAA